AGGAAAAGGAAGCUCUGAUUUUGUUGCAUGAAGAUGCUAUGUUUGUGUAUUUCUGAGAUACUGUCAAAAUUCUUUGGGGUCCCAAAUUCUUUUGAAGUGAAUAUAUGGUGUCUAAAAUCAACCAUGAAGUGUAUAUAUCAAGCAGCAAGGGGAUAUAUCCAGGGCACAAAAUUGCAAAGACCAGUGCAUAUUUACAUGGCUGGAUCAACUCCAAAGGAGAGAUCAUAGAAUAGAGAGGGGAGCAAAAGAAUUUCAAAGUUUCUGAGCAAUGAUGGAUUAACAUGGGAAUAGAGCAGUAGGAAUUUUCAAAGACUUUGAGGCUUCUUGAAAGCCAAAGAUUCCAAAGAAUUAUAAUUACUACAACAUCCCACAGGCAGGUAGAAGCAUUGAGGGGCAGAGUUCCUUCGCUGUAGUGAAAAGAUCUUGAGAGGAGUGCAUCACAUUAACAGACACUGAUCUACCACUGCACACUUGGUCAAUGCAUCUGAAAUGGCGAGAAUUCCACGGCGUAGCAAUACCACCAGGUAACACUAGAGAACACAAACUCACACACUGAGAGCCUACAGAUACAACUUGCCAACUGCCACUGAAGAACAAGUGACAACAGAAAUUUCUCCGUAAACAGAAUGAAUGUUCAGAAACAAAAUGAGAUACGCCACUGCUGGCUACUCUUACAACACAUACAAUGUUAGGUCAUCUCUCCCCAUCCAAUAACAGAAUAUUUCCUGCAAAUUAUCUCUAAUAUUUCUGCUAACUCGUAGAAGAACUUAACUCAUACAAGGCAACAGACCAACACUGCAGUUUCUUCUUCAAUGCAGUCCUGCAGAGAAACGAGAACAGAGAACAUCCGAGGUUUAGGUGAACGAACGCGGCCGUCGACGUCGGAUCGAGGACUGAGGAGGUCGUCCGAACCGGGCGGGGGCGGAGGAGGCCGUCGGAGCUGUGAGGCGGACGGAGGAGACCGUCGAAGUGGGGAGUGGCGGGGGGAGCAGAGGAGGUCGGCGAGGUGGGUAAAGGCGGGGCGGAGGAGGCCGCGGGAGCGGGGGCGGAUGAUCCAGUGGCGGCCGGUGGAGCGUGCUCUCCUCCCCUUCCCGCGGGGCGGCGGCGCGGAGGCAGAAGCUGCAGACCGCAGUUUCCCCCGAGAAGCCCGCGAAGAUUGGUUUUUCCCGUGGAUGCAGAUAAGUUCAUUCCCCUAUGCGCUGCUAGCCGUUGGAUUAAAAUGGACGGUGGAUAUAGGGCCGCAGGGCAAGCUGUGCUUUUACCAUGGCAAGGCUGGCCUAGGAAUGGGGCGGGUAGAUGGUUUCUUUGGUUCGGAUUUUGACAUGGGCAUGAUUGUAUCAUAUGGUUUUUAUGGCAGGUACACACGCGUACAGCCGCGCUAGGCCUAGUCCAAUCUCAGGAAGCCACCUCAGCUUCACCACGUAGCAACCGCCUGCCCGUCGGCCCUGUCACUGCCAGAACGCCGACGAAAGAGCCAGCACGCCGCCGCAGCCGCCAAGAUCUGACCUGAGAGCCCAAAGAGGUCUGAUCCAGGACGUUUCGGUUCCAUCCAGAGGGUAGCGGAGAUGAACUUGUUCCGGCUGGCCGGGGACAUGACCCACCUCCUCAGCGUGGUGGUGCUCCUCCUCAAGAUCCAUACCAUCAAGUCAUGCGCAGGCAUAUCUCUGAAGACACAGGAGCUGUAUGCAAUUGUUUUUGCGGCUCGUUACUUGGACCUAUUUGUGCAUUUUAUGUCCCUGUAUAACACCAUCAUGAAGCUGGUCUUCCUGGCAAGCUCUUUCUCAAUAGUUUGGUACAUGAGACAGCAUAAGAUUGUCCGUAGAACCUAUGACAAGGAGCAUGAUACCUUUCGUCAUCAGUUCAUACUGUUGCCAUGUUUGGUUCUAGCUCUUCUCAUUAAUGAGAAGUUUACUUUUAGAGAGGUGAUGUGGGCAUUCUCCAUUUAUUUGGAAGCUGUAGCGAUUCUUCCUCAACUUGUGUUGCUACAGCGCACGAGGAAUAUUGACAACUUGGCUGGCCAUUAUGUCUUCUUUCUGGGUGCAUACCGUGCACUUUAUAUCCUUAAUUGGAUUUACCGAUACUUCACCGAACCUCACUUUGUUCACUGGAUAAGCUGGAUUGCUGGUAUCGUGCAGACUCUGCUGUAUGCUGACUUCUUCUACUAUUACAUAACAAGCUGGAAAAACAAUGUGAAGCUAGAGCUGCCAGCCUGAGUUUGCUGUUUCCUUCCAAGAUAGACUAGGCUAUCACUGCGUAUUUAACUUAACAGAUAGAUAGACAAUGAGUCACAUGCUACAGCAUGACUCGGAUAUGCAUUAUGGUUCCCUAGCUUGUCUUGUUUCUUUCUACUAUUUUCGAAGGAUGGAGAAGCUAGGGUCAUCUAUCUUGUAAGAUAAGAACUUUAUGAUCGGCACAAAAAGAUUGUGCUGUCGUAUUGUUUGAAACUCGAUGACGUGGUGCCGAACUCACUUGCUGUGUGAAUCUCAGAUGUUGUAUAUCAUGACGGAUGUUUUAAGGAAUGUUUUUUCAUGUUCCUUCAGAGGAAUCAA